AUGGUAUCUCGAAAUCCUUGGUUUGCUGAUCCGAACAGCUCAUUCGAUGAUGAUAAGGAAUAUUUAAUCGAUGCCCUUACCAGUCAAAUUGAUGAAACCACAGUCCAGACAAUAAUCGAUACCCAAAGGCAAAGCCUGAAGCGAUUCGAAAAGACUAAUGAGAUGCUGGUGAAUUGCGCACAGCUGGGCGAUCGGCGAAUUGAGAAAGCAAAAAAAGACUCGAUUGCGCAUAAGGCAACGAUUUUGCAGAUGAAAGCCGAUUUGGAUUUCAUUUUCAAAAAGAUUCGAGUGUUCAAGUCGAUUCUUGCUACAAAAUAUCCCGACAUUUACAAAGACGUUGCUGAACAAUACAAACAAGAGCCGGAAAAUGAUGAUUAA